AUGCACAGCCUAGGGCUAUACCUAUAUGCUGUCGCUCUAUGCGGAGUUGCAUAUGCCAAGCCGGGAUGCAGCUCGAAGAUCGAUAGGCGCAAGGUGGUACAACAGUUCAACCCGCACCGCAAUGCGAGCUCGGAUACUACACCGCUGCAAGUGGGCAAUGGAAAUUUCGCAUUCGGCGUCGAUGUCACCGGACUGCAGACUUUCCAGCCUUUUGGGACUCUUUCGACAUGGGGAUGGCACAAUUUCAGCUUGCCCACGACGGAGGGACAGACUUCCGUAGAAGACUUCACUGGGUUGGAUUGGUGGACACAUGGCCGGCUGGUCAAUUAUAACCAGCCGAAUCCGGCUCAGAAUGAUAUCUCGCAAUGGCUAAUACAGAACCCGCAGAGGGUGAACCUAGGCAGGAUCGGCCUUGCGUUUAAUGGAGGUGACGUGACGGAGGACAUGCUUGAAGGCACCACUCAGACCCUUGACUUGUGGACUGGCAGAAUAUCGUCAUCGUUCAAGUUCGAGGGACAGACGGUCGUUGUGGAGACAUGGUCAGACUCGCAUUCCGACACAGUUGGAAUCAGCAUCGAGUCCGCUCUGCUGUCGGAUGGCACCCUCGGGGUCUUCUUUGAUUACCCACUUCCAACGCGAAAUAAGUUUGAUGCCCCGUAUGUGGGUGUGUUCAAUGCGACGGCCAACCAUACCACCACGCUAGACAGAAGCGGCGAGAACAGAGCGAGUAUCAGACACGAUCUGGACGCCACAUCGUACUUUACUGCAAUCCAGUGGGACGAGGCAGCUGACAUCUCGCGACCGAUCAACGACUCUCAUCGUUACUUGUUGCAGCCUGGAAGCGGGACAACAAAGCUGCAACUCUCGGUAGCCUACUCGCCAAUCUCGAUCCCUGAAGUUGUGCCGUUCGAUCACAUCAGCUCUGCUUCGGCGUCGUGGUGGGAGUCGUAUUGGACGUCGGGGGCUUUUAUUGACUUGACGUCAAAGUCUGGGCUGGUAAACAAUGGAUGGUAUGGAAAGUUUCACUUGGAGAUGCCAAUCUGGCACUCACUGCAGUUCGCACGAUGGAACCAAUGGCCGCUCCUCCGGCGUAGCAUGCCCGGAACGUACGACCGGUUUCUUGAGUCGUCUUAUGCACGAGCCGAAGCUCAGGGGUACGAAGGCGCACGCUGGGGAAAGAUGACGGACCCAACCGGACGAUCGGCCCCUGGUGAGAUCAACUCGCUGCUCAUCUGGCAGCAGCCACACCCGAUGUACUACGCCGAGCUCGAGUAUCGGUCGUUUCCCCACGAAGACACGUUGAGCUCGUGGGACAAGGUCUUGACGGCGACGGCAGACUUCAUGGCAUCCUACGCCUUCUACAAUGCGUCGACCAAGGUGUACGACCUCGGACCUCCUAUGUAUCCUGUGUCCGAAAACACCAACCCCAACGCCACAAUCAACCCGGCGUUCGAGAUUGCGUACUGGAGGUUCGGCCUCGACAUUGCGAUCCAAUGGAAGGAGCGACAGGGACUUGAGGCACCCGCCAACUGGUUCACAGUUCGUGACAAUCUUGCACCACUACCCACCGAUGGUGAUACCUAUGCUGUGUACGAGGGCAUCCCGAACAUGUGGAAGAAUACCACGGUGCAAGACCAUCCCGCAAUGGCUGGCAUCUUUGGGUUGCUGCCGCCGCCGAGCAGCGGGCCGUCGCUGAACAUGACGCUGGUGCAGAACACGCAUGACCACAUCAGCCAGCUGUGGGAUAUUGGGGACUGCUGGGGCUGGGACUUUCCCAUGCUGGCAAUGAACUCGCUACGGCUGGGUGACGCGGAUCAGGCCGUCUCCUAUCUCCUCCAUCCUCUCUUUGAGUUUGACGACGCAGGUUAUCCGGUCGGCGGCUCACGCGUGGCGACGCCGUAUUUCCCGGGAUCCGGCAGCUUCUUAUUGGCCAUGGCUAUGAUGGCUGGAGGCUGGGACGGGGGCGAGGGUCUGCAUUUUCCGGGGGGAUGGAAUGUCAAGGCAGAGGGUUUCCUUCCUGGCCUGUGA